AUGGAGUUUGCUAGUUUCCAUCUUCAGCAUCAGCUUCAAGAAGAAUCUGCUCAGUGUAUAACUUCAGCAAACCCACCACCUGACUCUAAACUUUCCAUUACCACUAAUCAAUCAUGGAUCCCAAGCAACAUAUACAAUGGUUGUAACAGUGGCUUUCUAACUGAGAGUUUUACAAAUUCAAGAGAACAGCACAAGCACGCCAUGACCGAUUCACUUAGAAUUUCAACAAGGCAAGCCUUUGGUUUUCACAAUGGAAAAAACCUCACUCAACAGCCAGUUAGUGAUCUCUUUCCGGCAAGAAUUAAAGGUGAAAUGAUCAACAACUCCAUGAAGGCUAUGGAGGAAUCAUGUUCACUAAUCCCAAUUCAUGAACCACGAUAUCCUCCUAGUUUCUUAUCUAGUCUUGGUCUAACUGGUCAAGAGUUUUCCCCUUCGGAGAAUGUCUUUCAUAAUGACAAGCCUAUUGAUGGAGGGACCCUAAGCAAGCGAUAUAACAACUUUGGCGAUGUUUGCUUAAUUUCGAAUACACCAACCCUAGAUAUGACCUCUUCCUUGGUUUCAUGUUCUUUGGGUUUAAAUCCUAAAAUAUUUGACCUGCACACAAGUUAUAGCGAGAGUUGUGAAUCCCAACCUUGCUCUGAUACUUUGGGUCUUAACGAGAGCAUAGCUUUGAGCCACAGCGACAUACAUGACCGCGAAAAUAGUCCAUCAAAUAGCUCAAAUAAAAUUUCCUCAUUUAUAAAUGAAGUUGCAACGGCGAAAAGGCCUAGCAAUUGCUCUCUAGCAAAAGAAUCUGAGGCAAAAGCUAAGAAGUCAAAGCCAUCGUCAUGCCCUCCCCUGAAGGUAAGAAAGGAAAAAUUGGGGGAUAGGAUUCAAACUCUUCAAAGAUUAGUCGCACCUUUUGGGAAGACCAGUACAGCCUCUGUCUUAAGUGAAGCCAUUGGCUACAUCCAUUUCCUUCACCAACAAAUCCAGACUUUGAGCAUUCCUUACAUGAAAUCCACGCAAAGCAAUAGAAUGGUGCAGCUGGAUACAAAUAAAUUAAAUAGCAGAGAACUGAAGCCAGACCUUAGAAGCAGAGGCUUGUGUCUUGUGCCACUUUCUUACGCAUCAUUUAUUCAUCGUUGUGUUUAG